GCCACAAGAGGCGCUCGCCGCUCCGCCGCUCACUUUGUGUUCCGGGUGAUGCUGCUCUUCCCUUGAAAGCAAAGGAGAGUCCAAGGCUCAUGUGUCAACAUCCAGGGUUUCCCGGGGGAGUCGCAGCGUUAACGUUAUGCCGAAAGAUCAGACAUUCUUUUGAACAGCGUUUUCUUUUCUUUCCACUCCUCGCUUUAGUCGAAAGAGCGACCUUUCCGUAAAAGCAAGACGACGAUCUCUGCUUCCCGCCGCUUCAACGUUAGCUAACGUUAUUUUAAAGGAUGACAGAGUACAAAGUGUCAGCAGCGUCUCGCAUAAUUUUAUAAUAUCUGGGGACUUGUUAGCUUAGCUAGCUAGCUAGCUUGGCGUCUCGAUUAGAUCGUAAACGCGCAGCGAAACCAAACACUCUGCUGACAUGAUGUUUCCUCAAUCAAGGCACUCGGCGUCCUCUCAGUCCAGUCAGCCCCUGAAGUUCACCACCUCUGACUCGUGCGAUCGCAUCAAGGAUGAGUUCCAGUUCCUUCAAGCACAGUAUCACAGUUUGAAGUUGGAGUGUGACAAACUGGCGUCUGAGAAGUCUGAGAUGCAGCGUCAUUAUAUCAUGUAUUAUGAAAUGUCUUACGGGCUGAACAUUGAAAUGCACAAGCAGGCUGAAAUAGUGAAGAGGCUGAAUGGGAUCUGUGCUCAGGUGCUGCCUUACCUGUCACAGGAGCAUCAGCAGCAAGUCAUGGGCGCCAUUGAGAGAGCCAAGCAGGUCACUCCUCCUGAGAUGAACUCCAUCAUCCGGCAACAGCUGCAGGUUCAACACCUGUCCCAGCUCCAGGGCCUGGCAUUGCCCGUGACCCCGCUGCCCCUGGGCCUGACCCCUCCCUCCCUGCCCGCCGUCUCCUCCAGCUCCGGCCUGCUGUCCCUCUCCUCCAUCCUGGCCAACUACUCGCACGGCCAGCCGGCCGCCGUUAAGGAGGACAGCGCCAGAGAGCCCGCCGAGAGAGCGCCCCGAGGAGAGGACGGAGACAAGUCCGACUAGUGCAGACACUGUGACGCGGCUGAGAGGAAACAGUCUGAGGUAACAAAAAACAAAAGGUUAGACUGUAAGUGAUGAUACCUGAGAUGGUGGAGUGAAAACAUUUGGAUGUGCAGAGAAGGAAAACUCCAAACUGACUGAAAGUGAGGGUUAAUGUUGUUAUUAAUUAGCUGUAAUAGAUUCCUUUAAGACAUGUACUUUCUUUUAACUGUAAGCCUGUGCUGUUAGGCUUAACACAGCUUUCUCAUUUGACUCACAGAGAAACCAUAACCUCAGCUACCUGUACAUAAAUCUGCAGUUUUCAGACUCAUUCUACUGACUUUCGACAGUUUUUAUUCUCUACAUUCUUGUUAAUUCUUCUCUUUCAGUGCAUCCUGGGUUCAUUUUAUGGGUAUUUUUAUUGACAUAUUAGUUCAGUGCAAUUUUAUUUUUUAAUCCCCUAAGAAAAUAUUUCAGUUUAACAAAAGUAAUUAGUUUAGUUUAAAGUUCAUCUUGUGACGGGCAGAAAGCUUUUGGGCUUUUCUGUUGCUGCUGUGUCCUACAGCUGAAUUUAACCCUUUGACAACGCUCAGAUUUAAGCUGAUUUUCAGUUUACGUGAAGAAAAACUUUUCAUUGGACCUUCAGGUGUAUGUAUAAGUGAUCGUGAAUGUAAAAAAGGUACUUGUGUUUUUACUUUUUUUUUUUUCUUCCUUUCUUUGAAGUUGAUGUCGUCCCAAACAACCUGCAGGAUGUUGUAACUUCCAAGCUUUUCCUCUGGAAAGUUUGUAGCCUAACUUCACUUCUGCUUAGCUUCAGCUCUUAUGGCGAACACUCCACUGGUGGCAAUGCAAAAUGAGCGAAUUGCCUUUUCUGCGGCGAGUGUGGCCAUGCUUAAAAAAAUGGCUUUUUGUCAUUGAAACAGAUGGAUUAAACUUGAAUGGGUCUAAUUUGAAAAAAAGCAGACAGUAGUACCAUAUGUCUUUAAUUUUAAAAAGCUCUUCAUUUUUUUUUUUUUUUACUUAAGGAGAAUCUAUAUUUUUUUUUUUUGUUGGAAGCCUUGAUUUUUCGGUUAAUAUUGGAGUUUAAUCUAAAGUCUGUUUUUUUGUUUUUUUUAAAGCAUCCUUUCUUGUUAAAAAGCUGCACACAGCUCUAUUGUGUUUGGGAAAAAUGCAGUUUUUAACCAGCAGAGGGCAGCAGCGUUCUUCAGCCAAGAGCAGGUAGAGGUGGGGACCUAUGCCACAAGCCCUGCCUGACUCUCACACACCAAGGGAUCUGUCUUCACACAAAAGCUUAAAAGUACAUGAAUCACAAAAAUAUUUUUUUUUUUCGUUGUUGAAAUCCCCCCCCAUUCUGCAACAAAGUGUGUUAAUAAUUAUCACAUUUUUUAAUCAAUAUUUACUUGAAAUAAUAAUUCACAAAAACAAUAUAUCAAAAUUUUCUUGAAUAUUUCAUGCUUUUAAGCAGAAAAAAAUGGCUUUUUAGGUUUUUUUUUUAAAUAAACAUUGUUUUAAUGACAUUUCUUUAUUUGUCUAGUUUAAAACGUGUGAAAAAUCAAUUUUACAACCAUCAAAUUGGGAUUUUUAAGGAAAAUGUAAAAAAAAAAUAAUAAUAAUCAUGACUUAAUUAAACCGAAUACAAAUGCGUCCAAAAAAUCUAUUGUAUCUUCUCCUGUGAUAUUUAAUCCCCUCGUUAAAUAAUGUAAUAAAAAACAAACUUAAUUGUUAGGGAAAAAAAGGUCAGUGACUCCUUUAGAACUGGUCAAAGACAAUAGUUUGUUUUUUUGUCAUUCCUUUAGUAAUAGCGAGCUUUGAAAAAACCCACCUCUGCUUUCCUGAAGACUAUAAACGUUAAAUUUGAAGAGCACUUACGUUGUGAUUUCAUUUUUUUUCCUGCUUGUGCUCUUUGCUUAAAGGAGCAAACUGCAUCCUUCUACUGAGAUUUGAUUUUAAAAAGAAAAAAAAGGCACGAAUAACAUUUUGCACUCCAUAUUCUGACAUCGGUCUGUGGAGAAAACCUCCUCGGCGAAAAAACACAGACACGUGAAUGGUUUGUGCGUUUGUUUUGCUGUGAUGGGCCAAUUUGUAUACAUAUGAAUAUAUCAAUAUACAUAUUUUUUAAAGCAUUUUUGUAUGUUUCAAAGCUGCUUUUUAAUGUUUCUGUAACACAAAAGACUUUGUUGUUUUGUAUGUGUGUACAUUACAAGCCUACAGUAACAGGCACAAUGUUGGAAACCAUGAAUAGUUUUCCCCUCUUCCUGCUUUCUUUCUCAUUCACCAGUUGGGCUGUAAAACAUAGCAUAUCUAGGUUUGUAAAUGUUUUCUUUUCUUUUCUUUUUUUUUUCUUUCAAAUGCAACUGUAAAAUGUGAUUAUGAACAUGCAUUUUAAAAUACCUAGGACAAAAAAAAUAUUAAAAAGCUGUAAGCAACUGUACCUUUUAUGAGAAUGAAUCAACCUUUUAGCAGUAAGGAAGCUUCUCUGGUGCCUUACAAAUAAAAGACGUGAUUAAGAGUG